UUUAUUACGAACUUGGCUUAGGCCAUUGACCCGCAUUCUUGACAAGUGCUGAGCCAAUGGACACAUCGAAUGUAGGCUCUGUGUCGCAAACGGCCGAUGCACUUAGUUUGCUAAGCUUAGAGUUGUCCCCGGGCGUAUCGUAAAUAUGUACACAAACUACAGCAAGACUGGCUAACUCGUUUCUGUGGGUACGGUGCAUAAUCGCAUAUACAUGUACAUACCAAUUGAGAAGAAAGCCAGAAUGCGAAGGUUGAAAACAACGAAAGAACAGCGCUUCCGUAGCUUGCACUGUACUGCUCAGUGCCGAAACUAUUUUUCGCACGGAGGGUGUUAUCGAUUCAAGGUAUUUCAGGGAGAAAAGAAAUGUCAUUUCUUUGUGGACCAAUGAGAUUAAGAAUUAAAAAGAGGAGAGAUGAUGUCGAAUCAUUACUUCAUGGAAAUGAUUCACUCUCUGCAGCCAAGAUUCCAAACGAUCCUGCCUCACGGAUGAUAGUUCUCCAUGACUUUAUUGGCUGUCUCAAAGAUGAAUUGAGUGUCAGUGAAGGACAGAGUGUUGAUAUAUUGGAUGUGGACAGAAAGUGGGCCUAUGUAGCAGCAAGUAGUGGGCGAGGCUUUGUACCAUUGUCCUGUCUGGGACCUUCUACUAGAAGACACAGUACUGAUUCUAUUGUUAACAAUGAACAGUCAGGUCAGGGAGAUACGCUCCUCAGUAAUAGAUUCUAUCAGACUGGUGGUGAAACUGUGUUUGCAAAAAGCCCUCGUGGGCAGUAUGUAGUGUUGUAUGACUUCAAAGCUCAAGAUGAGAAUGAUUUAUCUGUGGUUAGUGGUGACUGUGUGUUGUCCUUGAAUGAGGAUGACCCUGAGUGGACAUGGGUUCAGAAGACCGAUGGAGCAGAAGGUUUUGUACCUACAGCCUACUUGUAUUCAGACACUAUCCCAGUAGUUGAUUCAACAGUGUCAUCUUUGCAGAAUUCACUCUCAUCAACUGAACCUCACCUCCACAAACUACAGUUGUGUGGAACAGAGUUAAUGUCACUGUAUGAUUAUCAGGGUCGGAUAGCAGAUGAUUUGACUGUUGUGAGAGGAGAUCUGUUGUAUGCUGAUAUGACAAAUCAAACACAUGAUGAAUGGUUGUGGGCAUACUGUCCGAGAACACAGACAUGUGGCUUUAUACCACGAGGCUAUGCAAGGCCGCCAGCGAUAGAGUGAAAUGUGCUUGAUCCUGCAGUUGAUUGCUGCCUAGCACUCUAUGUACGAUUCUUCACAUGUUAAGUAAACCAUAGGAAACAGUAAAUUGCACACAACAUAAUUCAAAUGUUGAAUCUUUUGCAUCAAAACCAGCAUUCAGAGCCUUUAUAAUUAAAGGCCCUGUAGGGUCCUACAUUGGGUCUUUCAUUGGUUAGCACUUGCCUAUUUUUACUUUUUACCAUUUAAGUACGCAGUUCCUCCUUUUGUGAGGCAAACAAGGAUGUUAAUGAAGUAAUGAAGAACCUUUAGUGCAAGAUUCAGCAGAAGGGAUAUAACUGGGAUGAAAUUGGAGGAAAAUGAAAUAUCCCUAAAAUAAUCGGCAAUUGUUUUGAGUGACCCACAGCACCACAGAGUCUGUGGUUUGUCUACCUGAAGACACCCUUUAGAAUAACCAUGUAUCAAUUUCUCGCAUUCUGUAUCAAUAUUUAGAUGUAAAAACACAUUCAUGGUUGACUCAGAAUUUCCAGAUUUGAGAUUAGAAAAUCCUAAAAUAAGAAAAAAUCCUGAAGAAAAAUCCUUUAAUAAGGAAAAAUCCUGACAUAAUUAUUCAUUAAAAAAAAAAAACCAGUUCCACUUGUUUAAUGACUUCGUAAUCCUUGGUCUAUUCCCAAUUACAUCUAUUUUUUCUGGAAGUGAAAGUGGUUUGUUAUUUGAAUUGUUUUAUUAUUCAUUCAACGCAACAAGUGGCAUGAACGUAGUUAAAAGUAUGCAAAACUUACUCUAAACAGCAGAACUAUAUAUCAGAAACUAUGUUUGCGUAAUUAGUAUAUUUACCAUUUAUGCUAAUUCUUUGUACAAAAUACAGUGUCCAUAAUGACUUUAUACAUUGGAUAAGUGUGGUCCAAGAGUCUAACAAGCAGGCUAAGUACUUGGAAAAAUCCCCUUUUCCUAUAGAAGAUGUAAUGUGCAUGGUACUGUAUAGUUAAUAAAGUACUUUUGAACAGCAAUGAAAACUCAUCUGUGAUUGCCUAUUUCAUUAGUACAUGCAUGCAUUUGGUACGGCAUGUCGUGAACACUGAUUCAUAAUCCCUGGAGGUAGCACGGUCCAUCAGCAAGAAAUUCAUGAUUUGAAAUUAAGAAAGUACGAGGGAACUCAAAAACUCUUAUAAUCAACAUAUUAAGUAAAAAUUACAUGUUAUACGUAACAAAUGGUAGAGCCCUUGGUGUCAUUUGUGUCUAAAAGAACAAGGAUAAGGACCCAAUUGCAUGUCAAGUGGUCUUUCCACCAUCCCAAAAUCCAAUUUGCAACACUCCUACUAUGGAUAAGGAACGACUCAAAGGUAUGUAUGUUUGUCUGCUGUUUACAAUUUUUGGGAUAUUAUUUUGUAAGCCAAACCCUUGUUCGUUCAACAAUAUGUUGCACGCUGGUAAACUAUGCAUAUCCAUGUAGCUGACUUAAAAGUUAUUGACUGCUACAUACAGAUAUGCUUGAACUCUGUACAAGCUCUUGCAUCAGAUAUAUGUAAAUUCAAACUGAAAGUAAGUAAAUGAUUUUGAAUUGUGAAAUCAAAUCCGACUGUAUUGUAACGCAGAUGUUAUAGCUGUACUGUCAAGCCCAUCUAGCCUGACAAGGUACAUACAUGUAAAUAUACCUCCAUCAAUUCCAUCCUUCAAAACACAUGCAGAUUAUCUGCAUUUAUCCCUAGAAGGAUAAUAAGGGGAAAUCCUACAAUAUUGAUUUGAAUCAAGCCAGUUGAUGACAUUUCAAAACUGUUAACAGGCAAAACAAAAGGCAAUAUGGUCAUCCUAUGCAAUGCUCAACUUCACAAUGACCCUAAGCCAACCCAAAGCUAACAUGGCCUUCAAAAUGUGAUGAUUCUUGGGUUUCACCAAAGGAGUCAAAUGCCCAAUAUGUGCAAUCAAAUUUGGUCGGAAAAAAUACAAUUCAACAUUACCCAUAUACACAGCAUUCUUUAACUCCAAACGUGGUCCCUUAAACACAAAAAUUACCCUAUCAGUAAAAUGUAUUAAAGUAAACGCAUUCAAUUCCCAAAAGUAGAUAUUAAUAAACUGGAAAUUACCUGUACAUUGACAAAAACUACAAUGAAUUUGUCAGGUUUGAAGAAAACCGUGUGAACUGUGUAAACCGUGUAAAACAGUCAAGUGGCCAUGAAAGUUGAAAAGACUCCCUCAAAUACACGACAAAAACUUGGCCACUGCUCUCUGACUACCCAAUACCUGUACUUCAAUUCUUGACUAGGUACAGAACUGCAACACCAUUCAAAUUAACUUUCUAAAAACUGAUUAUCUGAAAACCAAGCAAAAAAACAGUUAAUACAUGUAGUGUUACUGUCAUAAACUAUACAAGUGCACAUGCUUACACAUUCACUUGAUAAAAUAACAAGAUUGGACAAUCUACGCAUGCAUAAGAUAACAACCAUGUAUACCAAACAAUACAACAAAGCUUUUAGAAAUUAAUGAACUGAUCCCCAAUGCAAUAUUGGCUGUAUUGGAAACAGAUUUUACACUGAAGCUUGAACAGUUCCCCAUCAAACGGCAUACUUCCUUCAAAGUUAGUAUCAGUUACAUUCAAUCUUAUCCCUCCUGUGGCAAUUUCCAAUCAUACAAUAAAUUUAAUAUUUUUGACACUAGAAGCAUUUCAACUAGAAAAACUUAUGUAUGUAAUCACGAUUAUUAAAAAGCUGAAUUUCAAGAACAUUAUCAAAAAUAUAUAAUACCUGGCUACUAAACUAAAAUAAUUGAAAAAGACAUUUUAUUAAAACUUUACAAAGUGGCAGUGAUGGGGGGGGAUUCCAGGCGCAUGCAAGUAAACAAAACAAUGAUCCUACAGGACACCCAUGGAUAUUGAGGACUGCAUUAAAACAGAUCUUAGUACAUGACUAAACACACAGCUUGCAAAACUAUCUGUCAUGUACAAAUGAAAACAACCCCAACGAUGACAAAUUUAUACAUGCAUAUUCCAUUCUUCCUAUUGAGCAAGUAAUCUUAUGAUGCUUUAUGCAUCAACCAUCCUCCUAAAUAUCAAAUAUUUGGUGCCGAGUUGUAGUGGUAACAACGGAACAUUUCACUUCCCAAGUUUUGACUUUGAUUGAUUCAAUACAAGAGGAUCUCAUAACAGAAUGAAUUCAAGGCCAACAGUGAGCACAGUAAUUACAUGUACCUCAAUUAUCAAAGCUUGUUUAUCUAUUUUGGAGUCAGGUAUUAUGUACGGCAGGCAAGUUUGUUCUGCUUCAAAUUUGAAAGGAUGCAUAGCGCCUUAGUAAUAAAUUCAUGAACGCCUUCAUUCAGUGUCAAAAUUAUAUUGCUAUCUUUUUGGUAAACAUCAUUCAAUAUGCUAUUAAGAUUAACUGACUACCAAGGACACCAAGGAAUUAUGUACAAUCAUCGCAUAAGCUGUACAAUAAAACCAAAAAAUUAUUUGCUUUAUAAAUAUAAAAGGUGGCAACUUCACUUUCAACUGAAAAUUUUCCCAUGAAACAAGGCAUACAUUCUGAACUAAAAAAAAAAAA